AACAAACUUUCCACGUAUCAGCCAGUUGGAAAAAAAGUGGUAAUUUAAAUAUAGCUGGUCCGGGAAUCCGGAUAAAAUCCGUGCAAGAUGAGUGUUUUGGAUCAAUUGAGUGCACUGGACAUCAGCACAAAUGAACAGGUUGAUGAGGCCCUGCUACGGAUUGCCGAAGAAGAGGCAAAAGUCAACGAGAAACUAGAGUCCCUGUUGGCCAAACAGUGCCAGAUUGAGUCCAAAAUGAGUGGUAUUGGGAAAUCGUUGACGCUUCUUCACACUGUGGACAGUGAUGCUAACAAACUAAACGCACAGAUUGUGAACACCGCCCAAUUGGCGGAAUCCGUGAGUGCCAAGGUGCGCAGGCUGGAUUUGGCCAGGUGCCGGGCCUCUGAGUGCCAGCAGCGGGUGCAUGACCUCAUCGAUCUGCACCUGUGCAGCCAGGGCGUUGUCAAGGCCAUCAGCGAGGAGGACUACGAAAAGAGCGCCACCCACAUUGCCCGUUUCCUGGCGAUGGAUCAGCAGCUCCUGAGGCGAACCGCUGACGAUGUUCAGGGCUCCAUUACGUCGGUCAGCGAUGCGGUUAAGACGCUGGAGGAUGCCACCGAGAAGACCCGUGUGCUAAUCGCCAAACGUUUCGAUGAGGCAGUCAAGGCUGAUGAUUUGGCUUCUGUGGAGAGAUUCUUUAAAAUAUUCCCCCUUGUCGGUUGCCACACCACCGGGAUCGAAAAGUUUUCUCUCUACAUUUGCCAGAAAUUGGCCAACAAAGCACAAAAGGAACUGCGAAAUGCCCAGGACAUUGCCAAAGCUGAAUCGCGUCUGCAAUUGGCUUACGCAGAUCGUUUGACUGCCAUUCUGGAGAACUUUGCGAGGGUGGUGGAGGUUAAUCAGCCAAUUAUCGAAGCUUUUUACGGACAAGCUUCGUCAUCUCUGAUUGACAUGGUGGCUAUUCUGCAACACGAAUGCGAUACUGAGGUGAAGAACCUGUUGAUGGAGUUCAAUAAGAAUCGGCAGAUUCAGUACCGCAGCAAACAAGUCAACGAAUCCACCCAGCGAUCAGCUGGAGGUGGAAAUGUCAGCAGCAACAGUAUUCAGUCAUUAGGACAUUAUCGUAAACCAUCUGGCGGAUCCGUGGACAAAUUGAACCCGAAGGAAAUCGAUGCCAUUAUAGCUGAACUAACCGUCAUGCAUGCCAGAGUCGAGUUGUACUUUCGGUUUAUGCGACGUCGCUUACAGGUUCAUGUGGAGACUUGUGUGCCUGAAAAAGAACAAACUGAAAUCAUGGAACGCUUCGAAAAAAUAAUAAAGAACUCGGACUUGAGCCGGCACAUGCAAGAAAUUCUGAGCACAUAUUUGCUUUUGGAGAGAUAUUUCAUGGAGGAAAGCGUUCUUAAAGCCAUCGGUCUGGAUACCUAUGAAGCUGGACAGCAAUGUUCGUCCAUGGUGGACGACGUGUUCUUCAUCCUUCGCAAAUCCAUUCGAAGGGCCUUGACAACUCAAUCUAUAAAUGGAACGUGUGCUGUGAUCAACAACGUGGCUGCUUGCCUAGAUGGUGAUUUUGUGUCUGCACUUAAAGCUCCCCUUAAAAGCGGCUAUCCAUCGGGCUACAUUGACUUGGCUCAGGCUUAUAAUGCCAUUCAAACGACGUUGCAACAGGGAAAGCUACAUUCCAGCGAUGCCGAUCGAAAUCGCGCUAAUUUCCUGGUGCAGCUUAACAAUGCUGACAUAUCGACAGAAUAUAUUGAGACACUGUGGCAGACCAUGGAGCAGGAAAUUUCUGGUACUUUUCCACAAACGACUCCGGUGGAACGUCAAUUACUUGACAGCUGCCUUACGGAACUCAAAGCAGUGCGCGAUGCGUUGAAGGCCACGGUUGACUUCGGAAUGCAGCAGCUGAGAUCCAGUGUUAUUAAGCCACGUCUUAACCCCUGGAUCAAUCAGUUCUUAAACUACAGUCACAACUUAAAUGAGGAAGAACUUGCUGCCUACGAAGCUGGGGAGACUUUUGUUCAGUUUUUCAUAGUGCAAUUGGAUGGUUUGCUAAACUCCUUUAAAAGUUCGUUGAGCCCAAGAAACUACGAUGCCCUUGUCAGCAUUCUGGCAACAGAAGUGACAAUUCAAUUGGAGCGGGCUAUUAAAAAAAUCACAUUCAACAGACUUGGAGGCCUGGUUCUCGAUCAGGAAGUUCGUGCCUUGGGCAGUUAUCUAACAGGAGCCACAUCGUGGUCGGUGAGAGACAAGAUGACACGGAUUUCUCAAAUCGCCACUCUUUUGAAUCUGGACAAGAUUUCUGAGCUUUCUGAAUACUGGAAUCCCGAGAAUAAUAAAGAUAUGUCAACUUGGCACUUAACACCUAAUGAAGUUCGCACAUUUUUGACCCUAAGGAGCGACUUCCGAAUUGAAGAUAUCAAACGAUUACAGCUUUAAGGAAAAAUACUUUCUUCAGACAAGUUUUGUUUGCCACUAAACCAAUGGUUAAAAUCCAAUCGCAAUAGUAGCUGAGAAAGUGGACCCAGGCACGAUGUGGUUUUUACAUCAACUAAAAGUUUGAUAAGGCUCGCAAUUUGAACACCAAAUCUGUAAAAAACAAAGUUUUGUUAUAAUUAUAUAACCUGCGUAAAUAAAUUAAUGAUUGACCUAA